AUGGGAGGCGAGAACGCUGGCACGCCAAUCGAAGAUUUGGCGGUCCUAGACGGCAAGCGUCUUCGAUAUGAUUUUCAGUCACUAUGGACCGCGCGGCCGGCGGUGCUUAACUUCUGGGUCGGCACGCCCUGGGUGCUGUAUGGCUGGAAGGUCAAGAUGCCACUCAAGAGUCGUCCCGGCGGCGUCAAUCUGACUAUAGCGGCCGAGCCGGAACAAGAUCAGCAAAAUGGCCAAACCUUCCGUGGCUCAGCGGAGCCUGACACUAGACCCCGAUCAGCGAGUAGUGCGAAAUGUUGA